CGUGGCAGACACAGGGCGGUGUUAAGGAGAGGUGUCUGUGUUUCCGCUCACGUCCUUUCUCUGAAGCAUCAUUCGCCACUAACGGCCCCUUUAAGAAAGCGGCACCGAACACUGACGAAAUUUCCUCGGCCAUGCUCCCUUGCCAGUUUCUGCGAAAUCAACAAGAGACGAAGGCAAAGCUGGUAUCUGCAAGCUCCGGACCAACUGCACUGGUCAGGGUAGCUUUCUCUAGGGGGAGGGCGCAACUGGUAUUUUUUUUUGGUCAAUGUCUGCGUGCCUAACUGCUCGACACUCAGCGGGAGACGACAUUUAGCUAAUCGGUGAACAGAAAUGAGCGUAUAUCGUUGGGAUGGAUGGGCCAAGUGAGCAGUUUUCACGGUGACACUGGCGCUAAUUUGGACCUCCUGAGCAGCAGGUGUACUGAAGGAUAAAGCAGACUAAAGGCAAUCUCAGUGUUCAUGAAACUUUGCUACGAUUUACGUGCUGGGGUUACCGUCCGCCAUGUUAAGGUAAAGCCCAGGUGCGCGGUGUUGACCAUGCUAAAGCGCCUGGACAAGAUCCGCUUCAGAGGCCCCAGGGCGAGAGACGACUUCCCAGAUCUGGCUGAGUCGCCACCUGCCUCCGACAACGAAUGUAGUGAUGAUAUGCAACUGAAGCCCAAGGCACCUCUGCGAGACACAGAGGACGUCCUGCGAGACCCUACAGCUGAUGUAACUUUAGAGUGUGUCUGUGGGUUUUCCUGCAUCCCAUUGAGAGCUGCCCAAGGCCUGGUGGCAGGUUCAGGGUCUCCCACAAUGGCUGCAGCCAUCCAGGAGUUCCAGAGGUCAGAGUCAGACCGACUCAACGAAGUCAAAGGUCACCUGGAAAUUGCCUUACUGGAGAAACAUUUCUUACAGGAGGAGCUGAGGAAGCUGCGGGAAGAGUCCAAUGUGGACUCUCUGCGGCAGGAGCUGGAGAGAGAGCGAAGCAAGAGGAUAGACCUGGAGCAGAAGAUGAAUGAGGUGCUCAAGUCCAGGCUGGAGGACUCUCCGCCACAGCCUCCCCGAAAACAGCAGUCGCCCUCGAAAAAUGGAACAGCAGAUAAACAGCAGAAGGAGGUGUGGAGUUCGCGGCUGCAGAAGUGGCUUUACGAGCGCUUUGCAGUUUACAUCGAAGACUUCCGUUUCCAGCCGGAGGAAAGUACCGUGGAGACUGAGGAACCGCUAAGUGCUAAAAGGUUGACAGAAAAUAUGAGGCGACUCAAGCGAGGAGCCAGACCUGUCACCAACUUCUUAAGGAACCUCUCCGCCUUAUCUAAUUGGCACUCAGUCUACACCUCAGCUAUUGCCUUCAUAAUCUAUAUGAAUGCUGCUUGGCACGGCUGGGCCAUUCCCAUGUUCCUCUUCCUGGCUAUCCUGCGCUUGUCCUUAAAUUACCUCAUUGCCAGAGGUUGGAGGAUCCAGUGGAGCAUUGUGCCUGAGGUCUCAGAACCCAUGGAACCUCCAAAGGAAGACUUGACAGUGUCUGAAAAGUUCCAGCUUGUACUUGAUGUUGCACAAAAAGCACAGAACCUUUUUGGUAAGAUGGCGGAUGUUUUGGAGAAGAUAAAGAACCUGUUCAUGUGGGUGCAGCCGGAGAGCACCCAGAAACUUUACAUCUGCCUGUGGGUGACUUUCAUUGCCUCCUGCGUCCUGCCAUACAAACUGAUGGGCUUCAUGAUCGGCUUAUAUGCCGGCAUAAAGUUCUUCAUCAUAGACUUCCUUUUUAAGAGCUGUCCGAAGCUGCGGGACAAGUAUGACACACCAUACAUUGUGUGGAACAGCCUUCCCACCGACCCCCAGCUCAAAGAGAGGACUAACGCCACUGUGUCGCGGCGGGUUCAGCCGGUGGUCUCUCGCAGCAGCCUAGCCACCGUCCCCUGUGGGGUGAGCCGAGAGGAGGAGACGGGUCGCUCCCACAGCACCAAGAAGGGAGCCUUUCAUGAGAUCUUUAACCUGCCGGAGUCAGAGCGCCCUCUAGCGGUGUGUGAGAACGGCUGGAGGUGUUGCCUGAUAAACAGAGACAGAAAGAUGCCUACAGACUACAUUAGGAAUGGAGUGCUUUAUGUCACAGAGAAUUACCUGUGCUUUGAAAGCUCCAGCUCGAGAUCCAGCUCCUCCAAAAAGAAUAAAGUUAUUAAGCUGGUCGACAUUACUGACAUACAGAAGUACAAAGUUCUGUCAGUCCUACCAGGAAGUGGGAUGGGUAUCUCCAUAGCCACUCCUUCCACUCAGAAGCCAUUGGUGUUUGGAGCCAUGAUCCACAGAGACGAGGCUUUCGAGGCCAUCUUCACACAGUACAUGAAGAUCAUGACCACCACCAAGCCACCAGCCAGUGCAGAACUCUAGACAGCAUGCAUCCCUGCAGCACAUCUCUAUACUGGGGCUAAAUUAUGGGGCAAAGAGCCUCCGGAGUUUCUUAUGGACUGGAAGAUACUUUAAAAAACCACACUCCUCUGCUCUGCAAGAGCUCCCUCCUCCUCUUGUGAUGGGGUUCAGCUUCCUCUUCAGUGGUCAUCAGUCGGCUUUGUUUGGUGGAUUCCCUGGUUAGGCAACUUCGGAGGGGAUAUGGGGGUUUAGUUGGAAUUUAGUCAUAUGACAUACUUUUUGUGGGAGUUGGACAAUAGACAAAAUCUCCUAACUGGUUCUUUGAGGAGCUAGGAGCUAAAUUGUGGUUUUUAUCAAUCAGCAGAAGGCUGGUGAGGGGGCUGGUUCUCCUCUCCCACCUGACUGACUAACUGGCUGACUGGUUUCUUGACUUACUUGUUUCUGUGUUUGUAUGUUUCUUAAAUUACAUCAAUUGGUUCUAUUUUCCUCCUUAUUCCUCCGUCAGUUGUCUACUGUGGUAGGAAGAUUUCAAGAAGUGCUCAACCUGGCUGUAAAAUUAAUAUCAUAAAACAACUAAAAGAUAAACAAAUAAUUCUUUUUGACUGUAACACAUCUGUAGGAAAAAAUAUGUAUGUUUAACUUUAUAAAUCAGUGCAAAAACAACCAUUAAUGUUGAAUUAUUUAGACAUUAGACUGACUGAAUUGUGCCUCUUGGCAUUGCCCAACAAAAUUAUCGGAGUUUUCAUGUGUGAGUGGUCAAUGAUUGUGUUCUUUUAAAUGUGUAUUAGCUGUGAAAAUGUCAGAUCACCAUUUGACUGACUCAGCGCCUUUCUGUUAGUUUACAUUGCUGUUGUUUAACUUCUGGCUUUUCCCUCUUCUUUCUAGAGACACAUUUCAGCAGCAACAGUAUGUUUGUCAGCUUUGUAGAUCCAACAAACAAAAUGUACACUGCAUUCAGCAUCAGAUUCGGUGUUUGUACGUGUGCAAAUGUGAAAUGUGAAGUGGACUGUUUUUUCCAAAUUGCCUUUUCUUUUUUUUUCUUUUUUUUUUUAUGUAACAAACAGCCUUUCAGAUGAAUAAUUGUUGGUCCUGGAACUGCUGAUUGUGUCUUAGACAAGAGCACUAGACAGACUGCCAUUUAGAGUUGUGGCACAGUGGAGAACAUAGCCUCCCAUGUCUAAGCUUCUCUUUUCAAGGCACAAUCUGUACAUAUAUAGUGAGACUUUCCUUUUUUUACAUCAAAAGUAUUCACCCUGCACUUUUUUAGAAUGUUAACUGGAAUGGACAUUUAUGUUGCAGCAAAUAGACUUCAAAUGCUCACUACUUAAGCUGGAAUCCACGGUCAGUGUCAGCAGAUAGUUUCAAAACUUCCAGCUAUGUCCUAAGGUAUUUCUCUUUUGUCUGCCUACAGAGGUCCAUAGGUCAUAUCCUGCCAGCAUCAGUGUAGCACAAAUGCAGUCUGAGUACAGUGUAUUAAUGCAGGAUUGGUGUCUCCUGAAGGGAGGAUGUUAGAAGUGAGUCAAACAAACUUCAAAAACACAAUAAAAGAGGAUGGUACUUUACCUUGAAA